ACCAACUCUAUGAUCUACCGCUUGACCUAGUUCCGCAUUAUUUGAACUUCGGGAGACAUGACUAAGUCUAGUGAUGGUAAAAAGGUUUCGAGUCAGUUGAAUGAAACGGAGCAGAACUUCUUACGUGCAGCUCGCGCUGGAGAUAUGUCAAAAGUUGUAGAACUUUUGAACGCUGGUGUACACAUCAAUUUAUCCAACUCGAUUGGACUUACUGCACUUCAUUUAGCCUCAAAAGAAGGUCAUGUUCAUGUUGUCGAUGAGCUACUUCGACGUGGAGCAGAUUUCGAUGCUCCUACUAAGAAAGGAAAUACAGCACUUCAUGUCGCAAGUUUAGCUGGUCAUUUCGAAGUUGUCAAGCUGCUUUUGGAUGCUGGUGCUAAUAUAAAUCGUCAGUCAGUUAUUGGAUAUACCCCAUUGUAUAUGGCUGCUCAAGAAAAUCAUCUUAAUGUAGUUGAUCUUCUACUUCAACGUGGUGCAAACCAAGCAUUAACUACUGAAGAUGGUUUCACUCCUUUAGCAGUAGCCUUACAACAAGGACAUGAUCGUGUUGUGGCACAUCUUCUAGAAAGAGAUUCACGUAGUCGAGGUGGCAUGCCAGCUCUACAUAUUGCAGCUCGAAAAGAUGAUGCAAAUGCUGUGAGUUUGUUAUUGAACAAUGCAGAAGUUAAUGUGAAUCAUCAAUCUCAACCUGGUUUCACUGCACUACAUACUGCUGCUCAUUAUGGUAACGUGACUGUAGCACGUGUACUUAUUGAACGUGGGGCAGAUGUAAACUUUCAAGCCAAGAAUAAUAUCACACCAUUACAUGUCGCUGCUAAGUGGGGUCGUGGUGGAAUGGUCCAACUACUUUUGAAUUCGAAUGCCUUAGUCGAUUGUCGUACACGUGAUGGUUUAACACCAUUACAUUGUGCUGCUAGAUCUGGUCAUGCAGAAUUAGCUUCACUGUUGAUGGGUGCUGGUGCAAAUCCGUCAGCUAAAACAAGGAGUGGAUUAACUCCAUUGCAUAUGGCAGCACAAGGUAAUAAUGAAGAAGUUGCUCGUGUAUUGAUUCUACGUGGUGCUAGUGUAGCUGAUAGAACAGGAGAUUCUUUGACCCCACUACAUGUGGCUGCACAUUGUGGUAAUACAGAAGUGGCACGUGUACUCUUAGACAAUGGAUGUGAUGUGAAUGCACGUGCUUUGAAUGGUUUUACUCCAUUGCAUAUCGCUUGUAAGAAACAAAAAAUUCGAGUUAUUGAACUACUUCUUCAGUAUGGUGCACAAAUCAAUAUGACUACUGAAUCUGGCCUAUCUCCAUUACAUGUGGCAGCAUUUAUUGGUGGUCCAGAAAUUGUUCAGUUAUUAAUACAACAUGGUGCACAUGUGAAUCAAGCUACAAUGCGUUGUGAAACAGCAUUACAUUUAGCUGUACGUAAUCGACAAGUUAGUGUUGCUGAAACACUUAUCUAUCAUGGUGCAUCGGUUAAUGCUAAAGCUAGAGAUGAACAAACACCGUUGCAUGUGGCAUGUUUAACUGGGACACCAGAAUUAAUCAAUGUAUUGUUGUCAUGUAAAGCUAAUCCGAAUCUACCAGCUCGUGAUGGUUAUACAGCUUUGCAUAUUGCAGCUAAAGAAGGUCGUCAUGAUUUGUUGAGUCAAUUGUUAGAAGCUGGUGCUGAUUUAAACGCUCGUACAAAGAAAGGUUUCACCGCUCUUCAUUUAGCCGCUAAACGUGGUCAUGUGAAAGUAGCUAAACAAUUAAUUCAAACACAACCGAAAAGUGUUAACGCUAUUGGUCAGAAUGAUUUAACUCCUUUGCAUAUUGCUACACAUUAUAAUCGUUUACCUGUCGUACAAUUAUUAUUGGAUAAUAAUGCACAAGUAGAUUGUCGGGCUGGCAAUGGUUAUACGUCGUUACAUAUGGCAGCUAAACAAAAUCAUUUAGAUAUUGCUACACUUUUAUUGGCUCAUGAAUCUGACCAAAUACAAAUCGCAAAUUCAUCAUCACGUAGUGGGUUUACGCCAUUACAUUUAGCUGCACAAGAAGGUCAUACUGAUAUGGUUUCAUUACUACUACAACAUGGAGCUGAUCCAAAUCAUCAGUCGAAAAAUGGUCUUGCACCACUACAUUUAGCCGCUCAAGAAGAUCACGUGUCAGUGGCACAAAUUCUAAAAUCCGCUGGUGCUAAAAUUAGCCCUCUAACUAGAGCUGGUUACAGUCCGUUGCAUACAGCAUGUCACUUUGGACAAAUUAACAUGGUACGCUACUUAUUAGAUUUACCCGAUGCACCAGAUAUUAAUCAACGAACACAAAUGGGUUUUACUCCGUUACAUUUAGCUGCACAACAAUGUCAUUCACAAGUGGUUCGUUUACUCUUAGAAAUGGGUGCUGACAGCAAUGUUAGAAAUCAGCAAGGUCUGACACCAGCACAUAUAGCACGUAAACAGCAUUAUGUUACAAUAUUUGAUAUUUUAAAAACUGUCACUACAACUGUAGUCAGUUGGGAGGAGGAACGUGAAGAACUUGAUCAAACGCUAAUGUUAGAACAUCCAGAUUUUAUGCGUGAACAUCCGUUUACAGAAUUAGAUGAAGAUGGUGUUGCACCUUCACCAUCAAUUUCACAUCGGUUAUCAUCAUCUAACAAGAAACUGAAAUCAAAUGAAGAUGAUCAUUAUUAUUCAUCUGAUGUUACUGAACAAAAGAGUCAUACUGGUCCAUUCAAUUCAGCUUUUGAUAGUACAAUAUUAGCUGUAACGGAGAAUGAUGAUAUUUGGGGGCAAUUGGAGUAUAUGCAUUCCACUUUGAGUCCUCAAGGUACACUUUCGGAUCGUAUAAAUAGUCAAAAGGGUGAUGAGAAUACAAAUGAAUUUAUCGCUACUCAAACUAGUUCUGUCUUGGAAACUAUCUCCCCGAAAUCUGUGCAUAAUACUGAAGUUCAAAUGUUUGGAGAAAGUAGUCAACCUGAUGGUGAUUGGGAUUUGGAAGUAGACAAUAUGGCAGUUAUUAAGAAGCCAAUUAAUACAGGAUUUUUAGUUUCAUUUAUCGCGGAUGCUCGCGGAGGUCUAAUUCAAGCAAGACGUUAUCCUGAUCUUAGGAUAUUUAUUCCUCCAAAUGUUAUCAAUGGUCCACUUCGUAUUGUUUGUCGUCUAGUUCAUCCUGAUCGCAUGAGUUCACCACCUAUUAUGAAUGAUGGUGAUGGUUUAGCCUGUCGGUUACUUGAAAUUGGACCCGCUGGUAUACGAUUUGCUUCACCUAUUCUCUUGGAAAUACCACAUUAUGCUUUUUUAAAUGGGAAAAAUCGUGAGAUUGUUAUCCUUCGUUCAGAUAAUGGUGAAACAUGGAAAGAGCAUCCAUUGGAUGCUACAGACCAAGCUGUUCAAGACACUUUGAAUGGACAUUUUGAUUACGCUGGAUCAUUUGAAGAAUUACGUGCCAAGUCAAUACAUCGUAUUUUAACAUAUGAUCUACCACAAUAUUUUGCACUUAUUACACGUAUCAAGCAAGAAUUAAUUUUAAUUGGUCCAGAAGGUGGUACAUUAACAUCUACAGUUGUACCUGACGUACAUGUUCGUUUUCCCCAAGGUGCUUUACAAAAACGUAUACGUGUUGGUUUACAAGUACAUCCAGUUGAUCAUGAACUUGUAACAAGAAUGCUUGGUCCACGUGUCUCUGUGUCACCGAUUGUAACAAUUGAACCACGCAGGCGUAAAUUUCAUAAACCAAUUACCCUGACUAUACCAUUACCAAAAACAGCUAUGUCAACCUCUAGCGGUGUUGUUGACACUAAAUCUCGUUCAACUAUCGAUUCACCUAGUCUUCGAUUACUAUGUUCGAUUACGGGUGGGACAUCACCAGCUGUUUGGGAGGAUAUAACUGGUAGUUCUCCGUUAUCUGCACACGAUCUUUCUGUUUCAUUUACAUCUACAGUAUCUGCAAGAUUAUGGCUCGUAGAUUGUCCUAAUAUUACUGAAGUUGUUGAAUUAGCCAGUCGUGUUUAUCAUGAAUCAUUAGCAGUGCCUUAUAUUGGGCAAUUUAUAGUGUAUGCUCGUAGAUUUCAUCCUGAAGAAGCUCAAUUACGUUGUCUUUGCCUUACUGAUGAUUCGGCAGAGAAAACACUUGAACUACAAGAAGGAUUUCAACUAAUAGCCACCGGACCAUGUAUUGAGGUUCUUGAUGAUCAUCCACAUUGGAUUGAAACAGCUGGUAACUUAGUACCUGUUGCUAAAACUGAAGAACAAUUACAAUUGGGAAUGCAUGCGUUCCGUGAGAAUCGUUUGAAUAUGAUUGUACGUGUGAAAGAUUUAUCACAACCGGCUGUUGGAAAAUUAGCGUUUAUGCGUCAUCCUCGAGCUGUACUACAAUCUGCUGGCUCACCUGUAAAACCGGCAACAGUUCUAGAAGCUAAAUUACCAGACGAAUUUACUGAUUACAUGACUGGUGGUUUAUUAAAAACAACUGAUAUUGAUGAUAUGCCAUCUUAUAUUCCAGAAUAUAAUCAAAAUGGUGAUCAAUACACCACAUACAAUGAAUCGUUGCCGCAAACAUGGUCAAAACAAGAUCAUUACGAUGAACCAUUAGCUAAAUCUGAGCUUGAUUUACGACAAGUUGCUUAUCAUUUAAAAUCAGAUUGGAGAAUAUUAGCUCAAUGUUUAGGCUUGUCUGAUGAAGAUCAAUAUAAUAUUACUUCUUUGCCUAAUCGUCCUGAAGAAGAAUAUGCGUAUACUAGUUUAUUGUUGUGGCAAGAACGUAAUGGGAAUGAAUUAACUUCGGGUACGCAACUUGCCGAAGCACUACAAGCUAUCGGUCGUAAAGAUAUAUUGGAAUAUUGUAUGACCAACAUUUCGCCUGUAAUAACAGCUGAUGAACGGGUUACUGCUUUACGUUCAUUGAAUGCCGUUUCGCCCAAUUUAAAUAUUAAUCGUGAAAAUCGAUCUCAUUCAAAAGAUGGCAGUGGUGGUCUAAGUGAAUCAGUUGAUACAGGUUAUGGCACACAGACCGGAUCUACCACAUUAAUACCAACAACACCAGUGAUUACAAAGACAAUUUCAUCAACAAUUCAUACACUACCCACUUCAAACAAUGUAGAUAAUUCUAAACAAUCUGAGAAAGAAGUGGAACAAGAAAUAAUACAACCAGUUACUGUGACCACUGGUCGAAUUUAUUCAGGGUCAUUACCGUAUGUGGGAAAAUCCAUUAUUGAUGUUCCCGAAGACAAAUAUGAUGUAUUAAAAGGAGUUGAAAAUAUUCUGGCCGAUAGUCAAUAUUCAUCGACUAUAGAAGAUGAUAAAAUAAAUUCCACUUCUACUGGACCUCCAGUCAAGGAAGAAAUAGUUGUCCCUACUCAAAGUAAUCGCACUGUUCAACUAAAUCGUACAGACGAUACAAUUAAUAGUAGUAAUAGUAUUCAUAAACAAAUUGAAAAAGAUAGUGAUUUAUCAAACAUUUAUCCAGAUGUCUCCAGUGAUGUGGAAUCAGAUUUAUCACAGGCUACAGAAAAACACAUUUUCAUUAAACAGCACAAACAGUUAUUCAGUGAUUCAUUAUCUCAUCCUAACUGUGAGAAAUUGACUGACAAUAUACAGUCGAUAGUAAAUAAAUCACUCGUUGAUAAGACAGAUAGUGAACAAGCCCCAGAUGAUCAUCAUUUUGAAUCAUGUGAACAAGAGAUUUGUGCACAUCACUAUCAAAGAUGUGGUGAACUUGAAGCGACAUGGGGUAAAGGUGCAGAUCAAGAUGUUCCAUCUUGCGAAACUAGUGGAUUUCAUGUAGAUAAAACACAUGAAAAACAAGUUUGUAAAACCGUAUUAGAUGGAUCAAAUGAAGAGAAUAUUUGUGCAUAUCACUAUCAAAGAUGUGGUGAACUUGAAGCUACAUGGGGUAAAGGUGUUGAUAGUGAUGUACCACUUGUUAGUACUACUAGCAAAGUACAAACUAGUGAAAAACAUGAAGAAAUGUUGUCGAUCGCACCGGGUAUUGUACUAUCUGAGCAGUCAACAUGCACACAUCAGUUGUCUGACGAAACCGAAACGACAUCAAGUAAACCUAAACCAGCAAAUAUAUUUUCGAUUGAAGAUACAAUGCAGCAACCAUCAUCAUCAUCGUCACAAGAGAAUUUAACAAAAACAACUAUCAUUUCAAAACACACAAAAUCAAAUAAAGGUGAAAUAAAAUAGAAAUUAUCUUCUGUAUGUGUAUGUAUGACAUCGAAGUACAGUUAUGCAAAGAACUCGUGUAGACUGUAUGAAUACACUUGUUGAGCUUAUGUUUGUUUGUUUCUCCGUUUUUUUUUUCUAUUUAAAAGACUUAAUUCUAUUCUUUCUAACUUAGUCUAAUUAAAAAUUUAGUUACUUUCUUUUACUGUUGCUUGGUUGAUAGCUUGCUAAACUGCAUGAAAUGAUGAGACACUCACUGAUCUUGAUCUGUGGUAUGGAAAUUAAAACUCUAAUAAGCAUAUAUAUGCUUUUGUGAACAAAACACGUCUAGGUAAUAGGGUUUUUAUUAUUGAAGAUCAUUGGCUGUUUCUUGUUAAAAUGGUAUCUGACAUAAAUAUAUAUUUAUAGUUUGUUCAUUUC